UUUGUCAGAGUUUAGUCUCCGCCAGGCUCUUAGGUCAUCUGCCCUGCACCCUUUUGUCUUCCCAUCUCUACAACAUCUCUACAACAUCUCUACAACAUCUCUGCAAAGAAGCCCAUUAAACCUCAGCCAAAAUGGAGGCCAUCAAGAAGAAGAUGCUUAUGCUGAAGUUGGACAAGGAGAACGCACUGGACCAGGCGGAACAAGCUGAAGCAGACAAGAAAGGGGCCGAAGAGAGAAGCAAGCAGCAUGAAGAUGAAAUUCUGCAAAUGCAAAAGAAGCUGAAGGGGACAGAGGAUGAGCUGGAUAAAUACUCUGAGGCCCUGAAGGAUGCUCAGGAGAAGCUCGAGGUGGCCGACAAGAAGGCUGCUGAUGCUGAAGCAGAAGUUGCUUCCCUGAACAGACGUAUCCAGCUAGUGGAGGAGGAGUUGGACCGAGCUCAGGAGAGACUGGCGACGGCUCUGCAGAAGCUGGAGGAGGCUGAGAAGGCUGCUGAUGAGAGUGAAAGAGGUAUGAAGGUGAUUGAGAACAGGGCUCUAAAGGAUGAAGAGAAGAUGGAACUUCAGGAGAUCCAGCUGAAGGAGGCCAAACACAUCGCAGAGGAGUCCGACCGCAAGUAUGAGGAGGUGGCUCGUAAGCUGGUGAUUGUAGAAGGAGAGCUGGAGCGUACAGAGGAGAGGGCGGAGCUGGCUGAGGCUAAAUGUGCCGAACUGGAGGAGGAACUGAAGAACGUCACCAAUAACCUGAAGUCUCUGGAGGCCCAGGCUGAGAAGUACUCUCAAAAGGAGGACAAGUACGAGGAGGAGAUCAAGAUCCUGACUGACAAGCUGAAAGAGGCUGAGACCCGAGCUGAGUUUGCUGAGAGAUCUGUGGCCAAGCUGGAGAAGACUAUUGAUGAUCUGGAAGAUGAGCUUUACGCACAGAAACUCAAGUACAAAGCCAUCAGUGAGGAACUGGACCACGCCCUCAAUGACAUGACCUCUAUCUAAACGUCCAGAAGUUCCACCGACCCGUCAGGUUGUGGUUUCCAGAGCCAGCCCGUCACCGCUGAACAUCGUCGCCAACACAACUGUUGAAAUGUGUGUGUCUGUUGUAAACUUUGUUUUUACCACUUUCUUAAAGUAUCUGCUGAACUUGUUCCUUUUCAGUUGGCCUCUCUACUCAUGUAAGAGCCAUUGUUCAUUGUAUGUUUUCUGUUAAAGAAUGUCUGAUUUCACUCUUCAUUGUACUUCUGUAUCAACUCUGUUCUGUACCAGAGUUAAACAAGAGAGGGAAGAAAGCUUGAGUUAAUGCA